AUCACAGGAUGUCUGAUUAGGCGUUCCGUUCGUCUAUCCAAGGAUGCUCGCGAUGAAAGUUCACACAGCUGGAACAGCUCACUCAUAAGUUCCUUCUUGUAAAUAGCGUCGGCGCAUCUGCAAAACGAGUAGGUACUAAUUCAGUUUAUCUUGUUCUUGACUAGAAGAACAACUACGACAUGCACGGGCUCGUUGUACUAGUAACUUCAUCCCUUUACUUGUUUUACCACUAGCACCAGGAGUCUCAAAAACGAACAACAAGAUUCCAUUGAACUCUGGCAGUGUCAACAACGAACAACAAGAUGAUCUACGCGCUGUACAUCUUUUAUCGUGGGCAAGUCUGCAUUUACGAGCAAAGAUUUUUUGCCAACGACAAAGAUGGGGGCACCAGUAGAACGAAUGCCAAGUUGAUCUAUGGUCUUCUUUCGACUAUGAAGUCGUUAUUAAGGGUUAUUUCCUCAUUACAACAUCCUCCACUAGCAUCCUUGGCCUCUUUUCCAAUACAGGAAAGAAGUCAAGGAUGUUUGCGGAGUGUAUUAAUUCUGUAGCCUCUAACGUUAGCUCAGCAAGUUUCUCUCAGCAUUAAAGGACCUCCGCCUUCUGUUUCGCCAGGAAAGAACAACCUUGGGUCAACGACUACAGCGGCAGCAAGAACGUCUCCCGGAACACAGCCUUCUUCGGGAGGGGGUACGUCGGCUUCCAACAGCGGCACCAAUUCUGCGCCUCCCAGUCGAGCAAGACGCGACGCGCAAAGUAGGAGUAAGCUGCAGGCCUUUAACUCCUUCACGACGGCGAGCUAUAAGCUACACUGCCUGGAGAUUCCGACGGGCUACUUUUUCGUUUGUACUAUUAAGCACUACUUGUGUUUGUGUAUAAAUAGAAGAUAGAACUAUUACUGGUUGAAGGAUUAGUCUUCGCCUCUAUCCCUAGGCUUAUCCCUUUAAACAAACUAUUACUGGUAGAAACAAUGAACAUGUUGGCGAACAAGAAGCUCUUAGGCUCUUCCCCAUACUCUUUGGUCUCGCAUGUCCCACAGAGCUCUAAUAUUUCCCCACCAAACGCUCUGUGGGACAUGCGAGACCACUUGAGGCACGUCUACCAGACGCUGUUCGUACCCUACGUACUCCGGCAUCCAUCCUACGAUAUCGGAGCACCGGUGGCUACACUCUGUCUCGACGAAGAAGAGAGGACAGAGGAUGCACAAGGCGCGAAAAGGGGUCAAGAACGGACAGAACAGCUAAUUGGAGGAACUAGACAAGGUGGAGGUCGUGGAGCUGGUGGAAGUGUUCCGGACUUAGCAGGAGGCGGGGGAAUUGAGGUCUACUCUUACUCUACUGCAAAUGGUGCACCAGGUGUGUCCAGUAAAAACUACUCAAGGGAGGUUUAUACUGAAACAAGAUUUGGUAGAGAAGUCUCAGCUUUUGUCGCUCGUUUGAAUCGAAAUAGCAAUUAUCCGCAACCGCAAAUAUGAUGUUGAUGGCAGCUCUAUCAUGUGCUGGCUUCAUUUUUACUUCGUCUAAAUCGCCUAAAUAUUUUUAUUGAACAGCUGCUACAAGAA